AUGGCAGCGUCGACCGUUGCGAGAACGAGAACCAUGGCAAGCUUCCUCACUAUCGCCCUUGUUGGAUUCUCACUCGCUUCCGCUCAAUCCGUGUCACCCUCGAACGCAACUUUGCCGGCCUCAGAGAGCGCAUCAGAGACCGUUUUGCACCUGGUUGGAGGUCCGUUAUUUUCGCAAACGAACUACAACAUUGCUCCCCUCACGGCUGCAGCUGGGAAGGGUGGCAGUCCAACUGCCGUUGCUAACUUUCCGCAGGCAAUCAACCUUGCGGGGAUGCUGAGGCCAGUCGAUUAUAAAAAUGCCGACAAUGUUUCCCACAGCGAUAUCGCCUUCAUCAGUUGCGAUCCAAAUGGCUCGAAUAUCGACUCUUCAACAGUGGUUGGAACGGCCGGAGAUGCCAAACCUAUGGCCAUUCUGCUCUACAGCCAAACAGCUAAGGAGUGUAACCUUACGGGUGACUACAAAUUCGCAACGAUGUAUACGAUGGUAUCUCUGGAGGCAUCAAAUGCUCUGAUGGCAAUGAUCCAGCUCUACCCGCAAUCAUCAGACUCGCCAUCAAUCCAAGCUCAGAUAUUUGCCAAUGCCACAACUAACCAGCAGAGUUCGCCUUCAGGCUCACCGGACGCCAAUAGCCCAGCACCAACAACUGCCGUUGCGAUGAGUAUUCUAUACAGUAUCACAGGCAUCAUCACCUUGCUAUUCCUAAUCAUCAUUGCCACUGGUGCCAUCCGUGCCCAUCGACAUCCAGAGAGAUAUGGGCCACGAAACGGAUAUGCAGGGAGACCGAGACAGAGUCGAGCAAAGGGACUAGCAAGAGCUAUGUUGGAGACAUUGCCAAUUGUGAAAUUUGGAGACCCAGAGCCAGUGAAACCUGGAAGCCGAGAUGUCGAAUUGGAGUCUGGCAGUAACAAUACCCAACACACUACAGCUACUCAUCUCUCGACGGUGCCAGAAGCCAAUGAAGACGAGGAAGGGAAAUCUCCCGCUGUCGCAGCCAGGACGACAACUUUGGGUGUCGAGUCCGGUUUGGGAGCUGCGCAAGCUGAGUCGGUAGCAAGUGGUAACGAAGCUGUACCAAGAGAAGGCGAGCUGGGAUGUUCGAUCUGUACAGAGGACUUCAAGACUGGUGAGGAUGUGCGAGUGUUGCCAUGUCAUCACAAGUACCAUCCUGCUUGCAUUGAUCCCUGGCUAUUGAACGUGUCUGGGACGUGUCCAUUAUGCCGCCACGAUCUUCGACCAGUUACCUCUGCAACUUCGAAUACAGAAAAUGCUGCCUCUACCACGGGCGAAGGCAGCGAGUUACCCCCACCACUUGGUGUCGAGGGUGAGGAAGCGGGCAACACAGAUGAGGCUAGUGGAUCAAACCCUCAGCGUCGAGGUGUGGCCAGACUAUUAGAUCUGAAUCGCCUCCGUCAUGCACCACCAGAUGAGCGCAUAGCCGCGCUCCGUCAACUACGAGAGCAAUCUCAACGUGAGGGAGAGCAACCCGAGGACGUCGAAGAGACUAGCCGAAGAGCGCGAUUAACGAGCAGGUUACGAGACACCUUCCGAGUCCGCACAAGGGAGCAGGCUGUCACGCCUCCUGCUUCCUCUUCGACAACUUAA